CCAAAAAGAUUCACUAGCUAGUUCAUCAUCAGCUUUAAGAUUUUCUAUUCAUGUCUUACUUUUCUUCUUCUACUUUUUCUUUCGUUUCUUAUGUUUUAGUGCUGUGUAUGUUGCUUGGGAUGCAGAUUAACACAACGUCUGCUCAGCUGAAUACCAACUUUUAUGGAACUAGUUGCCCCAAUGCUCUCUCUACCAUCCGAACUGCAGUGCGUUCUAUAGUUCUAAACGACCGGAGAAUGGGAGCUUCAAUACUACGUCUUCAUUUUCAUGACUGUUUUGUUAAUGGUUGUGAUGCAUCCGUUCUGUUAGACGACGUAACGGGCUUCACAGGAGAGAAGAAUGCAGGGCCAAAUGCAAAUUCACUGAGAGGGUUUAAUGUCAUCGACACAAUAAAAUCUCAACUUGAGACACUCUGUCCUAGAACUGUCUCUUGUGCGGACAUCCUUACCGUUGCUGCUCGGGAUUCUGUCGUCGCUUUGGGUGGUCGAUCAUGGAACGUACCAUUAGGAAGAAGAGACUCCAGGACCGCAAGUGCGAAUGCUGCAAAUAACAAUUUACCUGGCCCUGGUUCUUCUCUCAGUGGCUUGGUCACCAGCUUUGGUAACAAAGGUUUUACUCCUAAAGAAAUGGUGAUUCUCUCGGGAGCUCAUACUAUUGGUCUGUCUAGAUGUCUACAUUUCCGGAACCGAAUCCACACCGAAACCAACAUAGAUACGGCGUUUGCCAACUCCUUGAAGGGUAUUUGUCCCUUAUCGGGAGGUAGCAAUAACCUGGCUCCUUUCGAUUCAUCAACGACUGUAUUUGAUAACACUUAUUUCAGGGAUUUGACAAACCGGAGAGGACUACUUCAUUCGGAUCAAGUACUAUUUAAUGGUGGUUCGACAGAUGCUCAAGUCAGAAUUUACAGCAAUGACAAUCCUACAUUCUUGGCUGAUUUUGCUGUUGCCAUGGUAAAGAUGGGUAAUCUUAGCCCUCUAACAGGAAGUAACGGCGAAAUUAGAACCAAUUGUAGGAGAAGAAAUUAAAUGUUGUUUUUCGUUCUAAUAAUAAUGACGUUAUUGUAAACAAGUAAUGAUGCUUUCCUAGAGGAAAAAUAUAGUUUCCUCCGUUUCAUUGUAAAGGCGAUGAUCCCUAUGAAUAAAAUUGAAGCUGUUUGUUAAGGUCACA